AUGUCGAACUCCCCCAGCCCCAGUCCCCUGAAACCGACUCUGCGCCAUCGCGGCCUAGCCCGGGCGGCCACUGUUGCGGAGGGCCCGCAACCCCAGAUCCCGCCCCAGCGUCGCAAUUCGACCUUCUCUGACUCGGUGUCUGAGGCGAGGAAUACAAUCCGUUCGUCUACUGACGAGUUGUUAUUUCCUCGCGCUUCGCGAGACUAUGAUGGAGGUAUACGCGAUGAGGAGUCGCAUUGGCAUUCGGCACCUCUGGGGCUGGCGCUUCUUCCUGCCGUUGCCGGUAUCUUCUUUCAGAAUGGCAGUGCGUUUGUCACGGACGUCACCCUAUUAGCGUUGGCUGCAGUGUUUUUGAAUUGGUCAGUUAGGCUGCCCUGGGAAUGGUAUCGAUCUGCGAGAACAGUCCGUCGCCAGAACCACCUCUACGACAUCGCGCCCCCAAUGGGAAUAGACAGGCCUAUCAGCCCUACGCAUGACAGUCACGAGGACGGAGACUUGCCGGAUGGAGAUGAAGAAGAUGGCCAUCAUAAAGAACGUAUUGCUCCCCAGAGUACCAGCGCCGCCGCCGCCGAAGAGCUUCAGAUUCACGAGCUGGCCGCGCUCGCAUCCUGCUUUCUCUUCCCCCUCAUCGGGACAUGGAUCCUGCACACAAUCCGCUCCAACCUUUCCCGUCCCUCCGAGGGCCUCGUAUCGAACUACAACCUCACUAUCUUCCUUCUCGCCGCCGAAAUUCGGCCCUUUUCGCACCUCCUCAAGAUGGUUCAAUCCCGCACUCUGCAUCUCCAGCGCAUUAUGGCCUCAUCUGACGAUGACGAAUAUGGCAACAAGGACAAGAUUGACGUCGGAAAGAUCAUUGACCUGUCCAACCGCCUUGAAGAGCUGGAAGCCCACGUCGCAGAAACCGCUGCCUUACGAAUUGCCUCUACCACCAAUGUAGAAAAGGAAAAUGAAACUAAGAAAGAAAACCGCGAACCCACCCCCCAAGAGCAGGAGUACACCUUCUCCCUCGUCUCCGAGGCAGCAGCGAAAUACCACAAGGGGUUCCAGGCCGACAUCGACGCCCUCAACCGCGCCGUCCGCCAGUACGAAAAGCGCACUGCACUCACAGCCUACCAGACCGAAACAAGACUACAGGUUCUGGAGGCUAAAACCCGCGACGCGCUCUCACUUGCUGCCACAGCGCAGCGCUCUACAACACACCGCUCUCAGGGUCUAGGCCUAGGCCUAUUUGAUUCAUUGCUAAGUCGCACUAUCAAGGCGUGGGGCGAGGAUAUGUAG